AUGGUAAAGAGACAUAAACAUUAUUCAAAAAAGAAUAAGAGUAAGACCAAGAACACGAGCAGAUAUGGGAAAUCUAGUCAUAAAAGUAAAAGCCAUAACCACAAACAGUACACAGCUAGAUUUUCUUUAAAUGAUAAUAACCAAAACACUCAUGAUAUUGAUGAGGAUGAUAAUUUCAUUUGGAAUAGCUCUUCCCUUCCUAUUGGUAGCAAUGAUUUCAUGAUUGAUAUUCAUGAAGAUAUGAAAGAUAUAAAUUAUGGUAAAAAUUAUGUAUCGCCAAAGACAGUUGAAGAUUAUUAUUUUGGUAGAGACAAUUUAAAAAAUAAUCAUUCUCUAAAGUAUACUGCAUUACGACUUUUAGGCAGAAAUGAAGAUGUAAAUUUUCAUAAUUAUGAUAAUAAUGCAAAUGAAGACGCUAAUAAAAGUAAUUACAGAAAAAGAAAAAUGGUGUUUGUUAAAGCUAAAGAACCUUAUGACCCAUCUCAUGAACUAAUUGAAAGACUAAGAUCUAAAGAAAAUGAAAGAUUACUAGAUAAUGACUCAUCUAUGAUACGGCCCAUCAAUGUAAUCAAUAAUAAUAAAAAGGAAAAUACUCAUGAUAAUAAUGGAGAUAACAUUACAGUUAAUAUUUUAGAUACAUCUUUAGAUAGAGAUAUAAAUGUUUCAAUAGAAAAACACAAUAAUGAAACAGAUGUGCUUAAUUCAAAUAAUGCAUCCGAUUCUUCUUUAACCACUUACUCUUCAGAAAUAAUAAGUGUCAAAGAUUUAUUUUUUGUAGAUGAAAUUGGUAGUCCAGUUGAUACAGAGACUUCUGUAAAAACAGUAUUUUCAGAAAAUGAUCGUCAUGAUAUCAAAAAACUAAAUAAUCGUGAUCAAUUUACCAACCAUAAAAGAAAAUUAGAAUUCAAUCCAUCUUUAGUAAUUGGAAAGGUAGAAUUAACUGUUGUAGAAUCCAAUAAUUGUAGUGCAUAUGAUAAUAGUAAUAAAAGUGUUGCUUAUGAUAAUGUUAGAGUGGAACCAAAAUCAAAAUCCAUAUCUUUUAUAGAAAAAAAUUAUAAUGAAAUGUCAUCAGUGAUUUUACAAAAUGAAAUAAAUAAAGGUCAAAAUUUUGAUGAUAUAAAGGAACUAACAAAGGAUUUUUUUACAGCUGAAGGGUAUAGUGAUAAUUAUACUAUUGAUAAUAACAACAGGAAUAACAUGGCAAAAGAAGAAUCAUCAAGCAUCUCUGAUAAAAUAAUUUUGAAAAAUAUUGAAUCAUUAAAAUUAUAUGAAUCUCAAUCAAGUACAGAAUCGCAAUCAAAUAAUGAAGAAGACCCAGAAUUUGGUUUCUUAGAAGAAGACUACAUAAUUAACACUUCUGAGGUACGCGUUUCUAAUAUUAGAUUAGGUCUCCAUGAAAACUCUUACUAUGUAGAAUCAUACAAACUGUUUGGUGAUUAUGAUUCAAGAUGGCUUGACCAAGAAUUAUUCAUUGAUUUUCUUCUGAAUGAUCUACAUUUACCGGAGCAUAGAUUAAAUAGUUAUUUAAAAUAUAUCAAAGAUUCGUUAAUACCAAAGGAAAAAAUUCCGGAACCUGAAUAUUCAGAUUUGUCGUUUGAUAAUGAAGAAGAAGAAGAAGGCAACGACAAUAAUAGUGAUAGUGACGACGAAAGCGAUCGAAAUGGUAUUUCUGAUGAUAUGAAGGAGGGAUUAGACGACCUUAUAUCCUACACUUUAAAAUAUAAUGAUACAAGAAACCAAGAAUUUGAAACCCAUGCAUUGCAGACCAUUGGAAAAGGUAAAAAGAAAAGAUUUCUAGUUAAUGAAGAUCUCCAAUUAGAUGGAGAAACUGUAGUGAUGUUACAAGAUAAAUUACAUGAAAGGACUUUACAAAAAGCAAAAAAAAGAAGAACUAAAGAGGAUUUUAUAUCGGAAGAAAAUAAGAAUUCAAAAGAUUUAUUUAAAAAAUAUCCCUUUGGAUUACAUGUCCAAAAUAUUAAAGAUGAAUUUGAAUUAUUUUUAAGUUAUUCAAGUGAUAGCAUGAGUUUUCCACCUUUGGAUCCGCAUGGUAACAAAACAAUAACUAAAUUUGCUAACCAUUACAAUAUGAAAACCAAAAAAUCUGGUAGAGGCAGUAAGCAACAUAUCAUAAUUCAAAAGACCAAAAAAACAAGAUGGGGAACACCAAAUUAUAAUUUAAUCUCUCAAUUAUUGAAACAAAGACCUAUAUUUAUGAGGGCUGAUGUCCCUCGGAUAAAUAGAAUUCAUGCCAGUGAUAGAGUUAUUAGGGAACGAUUCAAUAUCACAAAGACGAAGUUCCAUGUCAAAGAAGGGGAAAUUGUUGGUGAAGAUGCUCCAGAAAUUGGUAAAGAUAAUAUAGGUAGGCGAUUAUUAGAAAAGUUUGGUUGGACCAGCGGUGAAGGUCUUGGUGCUCAUGGUAAUAAAGGUAUCAGUGAACCAGUGCUAGCAGUGGUAAAGAAGAGUAAGACGGGUUUGGGUCAUCGUAUCAAAGAGUCUGGAGGCUCAAAUAUCAAAAGUGAUGAAUCUCUCAAAUCUCACCUUCAUCAUAAAGGCAGAAGAAGACAUACUAAUAGAUUCCAUUAA